CAGAAUCAAAACUCCCUCAUCGAGCUUUUCUGUUUAAGUAAAAGACGAGCAAAGAAGCCUUUUCCUUUUCUCUCUUCUCAGGUAACUUCAGCACCAGCAAUCUGUCACGCUGAUAUCUAAAUAUAUAUACUUUUUGAAGUAUAAUUGAACUUCGUUCGAGCAACAAACCCAAAGAUGCAGGCAUCAAGAGCAAGGUUGUUUAAGGAAUACAAAGAGGUGCAGCGAGAAAAGGCGGCCGAUCCGGACAUUCAACUAGUUUGUGAUGAUUCCAACAUAUUCAAGUGGACUGCUCUUAUCAAGGGACCAUCUGAGACUCCUUAUGAAGGUGGAGUCUUUCAGCUUGCUUUUGCUGUUCCUGAGCAGUAUCCUUUGCAACCUCCUCAAGUGCGCUUCUUGACGAAAAUAUUUCAUCCCAACGUGCAUUUCAAGACAGGAGAGAUUUGCCUUGAUAUAUUGAAGAAUGCAUGGAGCCCUGCUUGGACACUUCAGUCUGUUUGUAGGGCUAUAAUAGCUUUAAUGGCUCACCCGGAACCUGAUAGCCCACUUAAUUGUGAUUCUGGCAAUCUAUUAAGAUCUGGCGAUGUCAGAGGAUACCAGUCUAUGGCAAGAAUGUACACCAGACUUGCUGCCAUGCCCAAAAAAGGUUAGCAGCUCGCAUUAUCUUGAUUACUGGGCAAUCAAAUCCUGUCUAAAUAAGAUUGUUACAAUUGCCAUUCCAGUAUCUUGCCUAAUGCAUUACGUCUUUGGCUCGACUGUGAAAAGGAACAAGGGUUGGGUAACAGAAGUCAAUGAAGAGAUCUUCAGGAGCAUUGAAAACUUUAUCAUCAAAUUCAAACUAGAUAUCUUCUUUGUAGAUAUUGGACAGAAGGCAUUAGAGGAAUGGGUCAGUCUAUUGUCUAUCAGCAGGCAUUAAUUUUCCAGUCAAUAAAGAGUACUUUAAUGAAUGAAUGGAACUAGAAGAUAGAUAACAUAAAGCUGGAACUAGAAGAAGUAGAGGCAUUUUUCAAUUUCAACCACUCGGCUACGACAAUGCUACCCCCUAAGUAUUUGUUUGAGUCCAGAUUGGGUAACCAAAACGUUAAUGCGUUUCUCCAUAUAAAGUAUAAACGAGAUGAUGUCAAAGUUUUCUCUUUUU